AUGCCGGGGAAGGUGUACAAGAGGUCUGGUAUACGCUUCCAGAAGCGAAAACGGAGGAUGUAUGAUAUCUGCAAAACAACACUAACCGCAAUUUUUCAGCCAAAAAAGAACUAUACGUACGAAAGGCACGUGUUUCGGUCAUUAAGCCAGAAAGAAGGCGAAACCAUUAUCCAGUUCGUCACCCGCUUAAAGGCGCAGAGUGCCAACUGCAACUUCAGAAACAACGCAGACGACAUGAUCAUCGACCAACUAAUCGAGAAAUGCACUUCAAAUGACCUGCGAAGGCAACUGCUAAAGGAAGGCGACAGUUUAACCGUAGAUCGAGCCAAGGCGCUGGGAAGAAUCUUCGAGCCCCCGAGAAGCAAGCCGGGCCAAUGGAAGCCGGAAGUCAAGACAUCCGAAGAAUGCGACGGGGAAGGUCACAGAGCGAGUGAUGAGAAGUGUCCUGCAAGGAAUAAAACAUGCAACAAAUGUGGGCUGAUAGGACAUCUGGAUAAAUGCUGCAGAACAAAGAAGAAAACGACUGAACAAGGGAAAAGAAUCCGAAACGUCGAAACUGGAGAUCCGGAAGACAGUGAGUAUGCUUUUCAAGUACAAGACGAAGACAGCGACCUAGACAGUAUUCAAGUUUUAGUCGGAGGGGUCAAGGCAAGAUUUCUUAUCGAUUCAGGUGCAACAUGCAACGUAAUAGACAAGAAGAGUUGGGAAAACCUGAAAGCAAGUAAGAUAAAAGGCACCUGUGGGGAGCCAGACACGAAGAAAUUAUACUCGUAUGGGGGACAAACACCAUUGAAGACAUUGGGUACGUUCCACACCACCGUAGAACUAGAAAAUGGAAGGAAGCUAGACUCGAUCAAGUUCUACGUCGUUGAUGUCAAGGCUACACCAAUAAUCGGAAAGAGCACUGCUAGGACGUUGGGCAUCCUGCGGACAGGACUCCCGCUACGAAACGUCAGCAGCAUAGAGGUCCCUUCCAUCGAAUCGCUAAGCAAAAAAUUUCCUAACGCUAUGGGCGAAGGAAUCGGGAAACUCCAUGAUUACUCCUUGAAAAUCGCUAUUGAUGAAAAAAUUCCACCGUUGGCACAGACUGGCAGAAGAAUACCGUUCCAGCUACGACCUUUGGUAAAGGAAAAACUGAGGGAGCUAAUAGAAAGCGAUAUAAUUGAGAAGGUCAACGAACCGGCGCGAUGGGUAUCACCAGUAGUUUGUACAACAAAGAAAAACGAAGAACUACGCAUGUGUGUCGACAUGAGGGCAGCAAACGAAGCCAUAAUCCGAGAACGUCAUCCAAUUCCAACGAUCAACGAUUUAAUUCUGAGCUUAAAUGGAAGCAAAUGGUUUUCAGAAAUUGACUUAAAAUCAGCUUUUCAUUAA